CCAGUAUUUUUAACUGAUGGCAAGCGUUUCACAAGGUUUUUGCAUUAGGUAAUACCUAUGCUCAAAUCUUGACUAGUUUCAAUGCUCGAAAAUUCCUGCAAAAUGUAACGCACUUCACAUGAUCAUCGUUUAGCAAGACAGGGUUUCGACCUCAGUCUGAUAACACGCAGUCCUGAUCGACGCCUCGCAAAGGAAGUGCCAGGAAGGAACGUUUUGGCGGCGCUGUAAACAGCGAACCUAUCGCUUGUUGGGCCAGGUGUGCUCAAAAGAGAGUCAUCAUGACUGCCGAGGUCGAGGAGAGGAAGGCUCUGGCCGAAGAAGAGAAGGACCAGGAGGAAGGGGCUGUGGAGAGCGAGGACGAGGACGAAGAAGAAUCUGACGAUGAUGAUGAGGUGCCAGACUUGGAGGAUGCCCAGGCAGAAGGGGCUGAGGGCGAGGCUGGCAAGGGCAAGCAGAGCCGCAGUGAAAAGAAGAGCAGAAAAGCGAUGCAGAAGCUGGGCAUGAAGCCGGUGCCUGGCGUGCAGCGCGUCACCAUCAAGAAGAGCAAGAACAUUCUCUUCGUCAUCUCGAAGCCCGAUGUGUUCAAGAGCCCUGCCUCAGACACUUACAUCAUCUUCGGGGAGGCAAAGAUCGAGGACCUCAGCUCACAACUCCAGUCCCAGGCCGCUCAGCAGUUCCAGGCCCCCGAGGCCGCUCUUGAAACCCCCAAGCAGUCUGCCAGCAUUGCGGACUUGGAUGAUGAUGAGGAGGUCGAUGAGACAGGCGUCGAGCCCAAGGACAUUGAGCUGGUCAUGACGCAGGCCGGCGUAAGUCGGGCUAAGGCCGUGUCUGCUUUGAAGCAGACUGAUGGGGAUAUCGUUAGCGCAAUCAUGGAGCUCACAACAUAAGGGUCAACAGCUACGCGGAAACUGGGGAUGGGACAAUCUUAAGACGCGAGGGUCGAGUCAGGUGGCUUAGUGGGUCACGAAGACCUUCACUGAGGUCAUGCAUGGGCCAGUCAUAGCCAUGGUUCGCUUUGUUUUUGGCUCUGUGUAAUCGGUGCAUGUUGCAGAAGCUCUGCGCUCAGUGAAUCACUGUGUCGAGAUUUUUCAUUGCUUCCAUGCUAGAGCUUGGUGCAUGCUUGCAAUCAUAGGCAUACUAAAGCGGCGCAAGGUUUUCUUCAAAUGUUUACCCAUCCAUGCCAAUACCAGAGUUAUGCAACCUGGCAUGCACUGAGCUGUAAGCUUGUACCCG